AUGUUCCAUGUACCCCACGAAGCUAACUGGAGUGUCGGGGAACGUUCAGCGUCUUUCAGACUCAAGAUAGAAGGCCAAGACAACAUUUAUAUUGAGAACAGAAUUCCACAGGGCGCUAGCAACCCUUACCUAGUGCUCAUAUGUACACUGGCAGCCGGCAUCGAUGGAAUCAAGAGAAAACUUCCAUUGCCUGAAGCUUAUGAAUUCAAACGCAUGCUUCCAACUGACUUAGAGACUGCCCUUCGGACUUUAGAGGCUGAUACUGUUCUUACAGAAGCAAUAGGCAGUAAACUCGUGGAAUAUUUUUGUUUUGUUAAGAGAAAGUUUGAACUGGAGGAGUUUGCUGCCGCUGGUAAUCUCAGUGACGAAGAGCUGCUGAAAAUGGAAAAUGAGUAUUAUUUCCACAAUGUUUGA